CGUUUGCGAGUUUGGGAAGAAAGGGAGAUGGGGAGGGGGCGCAGCGAGAUAAAGAGGAUCGAGAACCCGACCCAGCGCCAGUCCACCUUCUACAAGCGCAGGGACGGCCUCUUCAAGAAGGCCAGGGAGCUCGCCGUCCUCUGCGACGCCGACCUCCUCCUCCUACUCUUCUCCGCCUCCGGCAAGCUCUACCACUACCUCGCGCCAACCGUCCCCUCCGUCAAGGACUUCGUGGAGAGGUACGAGACAGCGACGCACACCAAAGUUUGGUCCGAUAUCCGCCAGGAGAGGCGCGCCGAGCUGGAGAAGGUGGGCAAGAUGUGCGACAUCUUGGAGAAGGAGCUGAGGUUCAUGACGGUGGACGACAGGGAGCAGUACACGGUGCCGUCGCUGGCGGGGCUGGAGCAGAGCCUGGAGGCGGCGAUGCGCAAGGUGCGCUUCGAGAAGGACCGCAAGAUCGGAGGCGAGAUGAGCUACCUCGAGAACAUGAUCAGGGGAAAACAAGCGGAGCGCUACGGGUUGUGUGACAAGCUUGCUCAUGCUCAGAGUUUGAAGCAGAUGGAAGGUGGAUCCACCUCGCUAAACAACGGCUUGGACCUCAAACUGGGCUUCAAUUAGGAAACGGUAGAAGCUUGAGUUUGAAGCGUUCUGCACUAGUGUUGUUUCGAGCUCUUGUAUUAUGACAACCUGAAAUAUUGUUUUGAGCUCUAGUAUUAUGUCAACC